AGCAGCACAGGCCACCAGUCUGCCUCCAGUCCGCCGCCAGCCCGCAGCAGCGCCCUCCGCCCAUGGAGCCCCGGCUGCUCCUCCUGCUCCUGGGCCUCUGCUCAGCUGGCCUGGUCCUGGGCUCUGAACAUGAGACCCGUCUGGUGGCAAAGCUAUUCGAACACUACAACAGCGUUGUGCGGCCAGUGGAAGACCACCGCCAGGCCGUGGAGGUCACCGUGGGCCUGCAGCUGAUACAGCUCAUCAAUGUGGAUGAAGUGAAUCAGAUCGUAACAACCAACGUUCGACUAAAACAGCAAUGGGUAGAUUACAACCUAAAAUGGAAUCCAGACGACUAUGGCGGCGUGAAAAAAAUUCACAUUCCCUCCGAAAAGAUCUGGCGCCCAGACAUCGUGCUGUAUAACAAUGCAGACGGUGACUUUGCCAUCGUCAAGUUCACCAAAGUGCUGCUGGACUACACCGGCCACAUCACGUGGACGCCUCCAGCCAUCUUUAAAAGCUACUGUGAGAUCAUCGUCACCCACUUUCCCUUUGAUGAGCAGAACUGCAGCAUGAAGCUGGGUACCUGGACCUAUGACGGCUCUGUGGUGGCCAUCUAUCCGGAAAGUGACCAGCCAGACCUGAGCAACUUCAUGGAGAGUGGGGAAUGGGUGAUCAAGGAGGCCCGUGGCUGGAAGCACUGGGUGUUCUAUGCCUGCUGCACCUCCACCCCCUAUCUGGACAUCACCUACCACUUCGUCAUGCAGCGCCUGCCCCUCUACUUCAUCGUGAACGUCAUCAUUCCUUGCCUGCUCUUCUCCUUCCUGACUGGCCUGGUGUUCUACCUGCCCACGGACUCAGGAGAGAAGAUGACUCUGAGCAUCUCCGUCCUGCUGUCUUUAACUGUGUUCCUUCUGGUCAUCGUGGAGCUGAUCCCCUCCACCUCCAGCGCUGUGCCCUUGAUUGGGAAAUACAUGCUCUUCACCAUGGUCUUUGUCAUUGCCUCCAUCAUCAUCACCGUCAUCGUCAUCAACACACACCACCGCUCCCCCAGCACCCACGUCAUGCCAGAGUGGGUGCGGAAGGUUUUUAUCGACACCAUCCCAAAUAUCAUGUUCUUCUCCACAAUGAAAAGACCAUCCCGAGAAAAACAAGACAAAAAGAUUUUUACAGAAGACAUUGAUAUUUCUGACAUUUCUGGGAAGCCGGGGCCUCCCCCCGUGGGCUUCCACUCUCCCCUGAUCAAGCACCCUGAGGUGAAAAGUGCCAUCGAGGGCAUCAAAUACAUCGCGGAGACCAUGAAGUCGGACCAGGAGUCCAACAAUGCGGCCGAGGAAUGGAAGUAUGUUGCAAUGGUGAUGGACCACAUUCUCCUUGGAGUCUUUAUGCUCGUCUGCAUCAUCGGAACCCUGGCUGUGUUUGCAGGUCGGCUCAUUGAAUUAAAUCAGCAAGGAUGAGCAGGGAGCUCCGCUGAGCCUGGCCCCGCCCCCCCGGGGGGUGGGGGGGAGAGGGAAAGGUGGGGAAAUAGAAGACUCGUCCACUUGGAUAUCAGCUCACUUUCCAAACAGUUUCUGUAUUUGCGAUCAAUGAUAAUAAUUUACACUUACGUGAGGCUGUGGCCUCAGAGUGUUUUCAUAUUGCUUCUCCCUUCAAUCCAGGUCAGCCUGGAGAGUGAACCCUGUUCAAUAAAGGAAACAGGGUCACUACAAGAAUAUUCACUGCCAAUGGUAUCUUGAAGAGUUUUGUCCAGAGUAGCUGAGUUUUCUGUUGGUUUGUUUUUCUACUUUUUUUUUAAGCAAAGUAUGUAUCCUUUGCUUAAAAGCUAGUUUAGUGCCUACUGGGAAAGCCCCACUCACCAGUCCCAAAAAGAUAAAGCAUUUGGUCGGGAGAGAAAAGAGGCAGUAGAAAGGCAAUAGGUAAGUUCUGGAAUGGCCACUGAAAUGCAAAUUGCAUUGAAUCCCGUGUUUUAAAGUACAUGUCUAGGACUGGGAGGUGAGGGGAGUGUUUCUCAGUCUAACACGGUGCCUGAGUUUGAUGCUCAGGGUUUAAGGGAAAACUGGUCCUAACCUGUACGGACUGGAAGGGCCAGGCCCCGAGGGCAUUGUCUCAAGUACACAAUUUAUUUCAUCCUCUCAACUGUCCUACAAAUAAGAAAACUGAACUGGAGGGAGGUUUAGUUCAUUGCCUAAAAUAUCGAAGAAGAGAACUGGGAUUUGAACCUACACUGCAUCUGGGUUCCAAGCAGCUCUGGGCUGAGUCAGUUCAUCUGCUCCUUGCUCUCCCGGCCACCCCUGGCUCAACCUGGGCCAUUCUAUAGCUGGUCACUGUCUCCAGAGCUUCGGUGUUACUGUCAACCAUCUUUCCGCCUUCCCAAUUGCACUUCCCGCCUUUUUUUCUCCAUAGCAACCUUUUAGCCACAAUGUAAUUCACCCCAAACUAGAGUAUGUGCAGCCCUGGGCUCAGCAGCAGAACCUAUCUGCCCAUAUCAGGGCAGCGGGGAAUUGCCCUGCUGGGUGGCCUGACACAACCCGGGGCCUCCACCUACUUCUCCAUGGGGAUCCUUCUCACACACCCAUGGUAACACUGAGUGCCUCCAUCUUAAACUAAAGAGAAAACAGUUUGGUGGCUCUUCAAGAAACCAAACACAGAAUUAUCAUAUGACCCAGCAAUUCCACUCCCAAAAGAACUGAAAUCAGGGAUUUGAACAGAUACUUGUGGCCAGUGUUCCCUGCAGCGCCUGAAAAGAUGGAAACAACCCAAAUGUCCUUCCGCGGAUGAGCAAAAUACAGUAUGUACAUGCAGUGGGAUGUUAUUCAGCCUUAAAAAGGAAUGAAAUUCUGACAUAUAAUGUGGCUCAACCUUGAAAACAUACUAAAUGAAGUACGCCAGACACAAAAGGACAGAAAUUAUAUGACUCCACUUACACGAGGUACUGAGCACAGGCAGGUUCUCUGAGACAGAGAGUGGAGUGGUGAUUACCAGGGUUCGGAAGGAGGGUUGAGUUGCUGCUUGUUGGGCAGGGUUUCUUUUGGUUUGGGGUGCUGAGAAAAUCCUGGAAAUGGAUCAUGCUGAUGGUCGCACAACCUCGUGAAUGUAGUUAGUGCCACGGAAUUGUACACUAAAGGACGGUUAAAGUGAUAAAAUUUGUGUUACGAAUAUUUACCACAAUAAAAAGCGUUGUUUUUUAAAAAUCU